AUGUCAACUCACCGACUCACAAUGAAAGAUAUCAAACCUUCCAUCUCUCGUACAUCCUCACCUGACAUGAUCUCUAGUGGUAACGAAGGAGAAUAUCUUCCAUCACCUUCUCCGACAUCACGAAAAUCGUCAAACCUCAAAAGCAGAAAACGAUCGCCAUCGUCCACUCCCUCUCCCACUGUCAAAAGCAAGAAACCCAAAGGUGGUCCAGCAGGCAUCAAACAUGACGAAGAAAGUAAGAAUAGGAAAACGGGUAAUUGGACUAAAAGCGAAGUUAGACAAUUGUGGGAUGCAAUGGGAUUCCUUCCAGUCAAAGUGAGAUGGGAUGAUGUCGCUCAGAAAGUUGAUGGAAGAGAUAAACUCUCCUGCUCAAACAAAUGGAGAUAUGACAUGUUACCCAAAGUACAAGCUUUCAUCGAUUCUCUUGGUGACUGA